UGAUUCUUGUGAUAACCGUUGUCACAUUUUACCAGUCUUUAUCAGCUUUCGGCCGUUCGCCGUGCACAUCUUUUCAUUUCUCUUUGCGCGCGCAGUGCCGCCGGCCCUGUGGAUUUCGCCGUUCUUCCUUCGAUGUAAGUCGACUGUCUCUGAGGAGCGUCACAAACGCCCUACCGGCUUACCAACAGCUCGACUCGGCCCUAGCAUUUGGAGCUCGUCACCGUAGGUUUCCAGUGUGGAACCAUGGCCAACUCCGUGCGAAAGAUGUGCACGAAAAUCGGCAACGGUCAUCAGUAUUUGUUGGGCACGGCCAAAACGUCGGCCUACGGUGGUCACGUCGUGUCGGAUACCGUUCAGCAGCACCCGGCCAGACCACAGGUCGAGACAAUGUGCAAAAUCAAUGCCGACAAUUUGUUCCGUCAGUCACGACCGUUGCUCAACUAUAUUGUACGACCCGUCAAAAACAAACGGUCUGCAGAUGCGGCUGUCGAAUGGUACAACACACGCACAAAUCCCAAAAACAAUGUCUGUAACAGCACUGAGCUUAAACUAGACAAUUCUAUAAAGUCUAACGAAAACAUCAGCACAUCAGAUUCUAAUGGACUACCAAAUUUAGAACAGCUCGAUCAUGUGUUUAAUAGGUUGGGAGAAGAUUUACCAUUAAUGUUUAAACAAAAUUUGGACUAUGCACUAUACCAUCCCAAAUUGGUAUUUGAGAAUAACAUUAGAAGAACGAAGAGUGUAGGCUUAGAAUACUUCAUGAUAACAAUUUCUUUACUACGUUUGAUGGGCCAUAUAAAGUAUGCUUUUGUAAAAUUUGAUAUAUUAAAAAUAACCAAACAUCCAGAAGACGGAACAAUUAAAGUACGAUGGAGAAUCAAAGGUAUAUCAGGAAUGAAAGUGUUCAUGAAGUUUUGGAAAUUCAGACUUUGGAAUUUGGAACAAGUCAUUAAAGAAAAUGUUGAAUCGUGGCAUGAUGGUUAUUCAGUAUUCUAUUUAGGAUCUGAUGGUCUGGUUCAUAAGCUUACUGCAGAUAAAAUGCAACCUGAUAACGACCCAGUAAUAGAGGAUAAAAAUCCACUGGCUACCAAACUGGCUCUAUUUUUAGGACUAUCACCGCAGUUGGGUAAUUUGGAUUGUUUGAUUUCAUUUGACUCUGAACCGGCAAAUGAAUUACUUAAGAUGGUUAUUAUGUCCCUAGAAGAUGUCAUUUAAUAUUAAUGACAACAUAUCAAAAUACUUCAUGCCGCGAUAAAAAAAUUCAUUACGUUUAUGCAAUUGAAACCUUAUUGCUUGAUAAUAUUUAUAUUAUAAUGUGUUGUUGAUUUAUGUGGCUGUUGUAAGUUUGUUUUGAUAAUUUAUAAAGAAAUGUUUGUUAAAUGUAAAAUAGUAAAAUAAGUAGAUAAUAAAUUUAAUCAAACACUGUUAACUUGUUGUAAUAAAAAGUUAAAACACAGAAUUGCUUACAGAAUUUCAAAAUACUAUAGAUAAGCAUUGCAAUUGACCUUUUGUGUAAACCAAAUAUAAAUUAAACGCUUAAAUGUUUUACCAAAUGUCAUAAUAUUCAAUAUUGAGUAUAUUUGUUUCUUCAUAUUUUGUAUUUUAUUAAUUUGAUGUUUUUGAGUAAAUAUGAAAUUUUUUGUAGAAGACCA